AUGGGGAAAAAGAAACUGGAGGAAAGACACAGGGUCCUGAAGGAUGUGAACAUAGAGAACAUAUUUAAGUAUGUGGUCCCCUGCGGGAUCGGCGGAAGGAAGAAAACGGCGUUGAUUUUUUACCUUUGUAACUCCCUGGAGGAGAGGCACCUGGAACGCAACGACAUUCUGGUGCUGUACCUGAGUCUGCUUCCAUCGUUUGAAGGUCACCUCGGGGAAGUACUCCAAAGAAGAACAUCCGCAGGGAGGAAACCACAGAAGGGGCACCCACAUACGGAGGAAUCCCACUUGCAGUUGGGCCUGAAAUUGAGCAAACUGAAUCUGCUCUUUAGCUACAUCAUCACUCAUGUCUCCUAUUUCGUGUCGCUCAGUAGGAAGGACAAACAGGACACUUCCUCCUCUUUAGACCUAUUCGUUCAGCAUAUGCACGUACGCACAUUUGUGACGCUGCAAAAGUUUGUAUUCCAAAAAAAAAAAAAAACUCAAUUCGAAAAAUUAAUGACGCUGAAUCAUUUGAAAAUUUUAUUAACUUUUUUAAUUAACAUUUACAAGUAUAAAAUUUAUGAAGUUUUAAAUGAAGAAAAGUUUUACCUUAUUUCCAAGUUAAUUUUUUUAAUUAUUUUUUUUUUUUGUCAUGUGAAGGAGAAUUCCAAGACGGAAAAAUUAUUCAUUUGUUUUUACGAUUAUGUGUACCAUGUGUCUGAUAUGCUUAUUAGCAGAUAUUUAUACUACCUGGGGAGGAAUGGCUGGGGUGCCAAUGCGUUGUUGGUGUAUUACCAGAACAUGAUCCGAUUUGUGUGUGACUAUAUGAGCAAACUCAAACUUUUGAAACACGUCGAGAGGUACAUUUUGAAUAAUGGGAAGAGCCCCUUUUGCAGUGUUACCCUCCUCAGUGUGGUGAAGAACACCGUUGAGAGGCACUUACUUAUCCCGCAGGGGGAAGAAGCUCCGUUGAUGAGGUUGAAAAGGAGAGAGGUGUCUCAGCCGAGUCAACAAGUGAAGGGUAGUCCCAUAGCGGAUCAACAAAAUGGAAAGGACGGAUGCAUCCUCCCCAUGCACAGUAAAACGGUCAGCCAAUUCGUAUUUUUGAAGCUACUCCGAUUGGUGGAAAUAUUAUUAGUGAAGAAGGACAGAAUAUAUUUAACCGUCUAUUUGCACGAGACGAUCGGGAGGGUAACCACAUCAACCAUGGAAGAAGUUUUCCUCAUUGUUGACGGAGGUGAUGAGGGGAAGAACAACAUGAUGAUGACAUACGACCGGGUGUUCCACCUCUUUGAGUACUACUGUAACACCCUUUUUUAUAUAAUAAACCGAAGUGAUAAGAGAAAAAUACGAGAGAGAAGAGGAGAGCUGAGCACAUCAGGUACUACCAAUAAGGCCUACAUAUACCUGCUGAAUAGCUGUAUUUUUAACCUGUACGAAGUGUAUCUAGUACUAAUCCACCUGCUCCAUGUAACGCCAAAUGAGGUACGAACCAUUUUGGCGUGUAAUAAAUUUUCCCUCGUUAAGACAAUGCUACGUAUCCACAUCGGAGAAAUGGAAGUCACUCGAAUUGUAAACCUUUCGAUAUUCUUCUUUGACGUGGUGUUGAAAAAUGUGAUGAGGACUCCAGCGGUGGGACACUACGCCUUUACCGUUUUGAAGUGCCUCCUUUGGAAUGAUAAGAAGUUAAGUAAAUUUUUUCAAAAACUGGUGGGGACACAUGCCUGGAAGACAGACGGAUGUUCCAUCAUCGGGUGGCAGGAAAAUAAUGUUCCCCGUGUGAACUGUUUGGAGGGGGUAGAUAGAUCCAAACAGAGUGAGGACCCGAAAAUUGGGUAUGCUCACGGGGGUUGUGUCUUAAGGAAAGCCACCCUUGGGAGUGCAAAUCUGGUUGUAAAUGAAAAGAAUAGUUUUCUCAUCCAGGUGAAUAACUACGUAAAGUUGAAUUGGACCCAUAUUGGGGGAGAAGCACACAUUGGGUUGUUGUCAUCGGGGAGCACAAGCGACGUGGUGGAUGGUGCAGAGGUGAGGGACGAAUUGGAUAUUCUAAGGCACAUGAGCAGGAGCAGCACGAACAGAAGUAACACCAUGAGGAGCAGCACCUACAUGAGUAGCACUAACGGAGGCCUUCCCAACAGGAGCCACCCACGCUGCCGCAGAGGAAGGGAAGAAGUUUACACCAAGGUAUACUUCCCACUUCUGAUGAAGCAUCUCCUGUCUCAACUAAUAAAAAGAAAAAAAAAGAAAAAUGUCCAAGAUGAUGUGGAGAGCAACUGUAAGAACUACCUAGGAAUAUACAUUAACAAACUGCACUACUACUGCAAUAAUAUUUUUACGUAUAAGCCCAUGUUUAAGCAUAAUUUCAGCUCCUUUGUGAGAAGCCAUAUGGCGAAAAAGAAGAGGAACCUGAUCGAAAACGUGGCUUUCUUCAACCGAAUGUUCAGCUUGUAUAGUAAUAAAAAAAAAGGCAGUGAAAAAAAAAAAAAAAAAAAUUUCUUCUUCACGAAUAAAACGUUUGUCAUUUCGAGUAUAGAGAGAAAGUACAGUUAUUCAAAUUACACCUUCCUGAGGAAAAUCUUAAAUUACAAAAUCUCCCACUUUGACAAUGAGCACUAUUAUUUGAACUUUUUAUUUAAUUUAAAAUUUUUGCACAAUCUGAAUGACUAUAUUAAUGAGUACUUUUUGCUGAAGAAGAAACAGCUAAACAGGAAGGCUAUUUUUAAUAUAAGCUUGAAUAUAAAGGACAAGAUAAAGAAGAUGAAGCCCGCACCGGAUUAUCUGUAUGACCGAACUAUGCGUAAUGCUUCUGUGCAUUCGUUGGGCGCAUUUGGACAGACCGAUUUAAGACGACUAAGCAGAAGUGAAAACGUCGUUAAGGAUUCUCGGGCCAGUAAAGGAUGCACAUAUUCCAGACAAAGGAGAAGGGAAAAAGAAGAAGGAAAUUUGUUGCUCCAUUUUUUAUUUAUAAAUUACAAUUACUGCGUUUGUAGGGAAGACGCUGGUGAGCACAUGAGUCGCUUUUUGUUGCUCAUUCUGAAGUCCUUCGAAAGUGUAAUGCCGUAUGUACACAUAUACAAGUACAUUUCUGCGUUGUUGCUUUUUUUAAUAUCGUUCGUGGAGCGGAAGCCUCUGUCACGGAGGGAUGUCCUUCGCGUGGGGGGGGGAGCGAACACAUCAGGAGGAGGAACUGCAAACUGCUUAAGGAAAACGACAGAAGUGUCUCCAAAGGUGAGGAAGAACAAUCCCACCAGCAAGUGCGGGGGAGCUACUUCUCAGGAAAGACACGAUGCGGGUAAGACUUGCCCUGUUAGGGGUAACGCGGUGAGCAAAAUUCUAUUGCAAGGAGUGGCAAAGGAGUACGCCCGAGUGGAGGAAGAUGUGAUGAAUGAAAUGAAGAGGGUAGGAGUUGGGGGGGGUAACCUUCCACAGGGUAAGUACCCUCUGCUGCAGCGAGCAAGCAAUCGGAAGGCGGCCCUGAAGGUACUAAUAGGCACGGUGGACCGGUUGAAGACACACCUGUUCAGCAACACCUUCCACUACCUGUACGAAGACGUGAACAGGUACAACAAGUAUGUAGCGAUGUUGUCUCUGUACUUUUAUAAACUGUACUUUACGCUGCUUUAUUACGAAAUUUACCAGAAGGAUUACCUCCACGGGAAUGAAAUAAAUUUGUUGAAAAGCAAAAUAGCAGAAAUAACUCCAAUUCUGAGUGUCAAAUAUUUAAACAAAAUAAACAUACACAGUGUGUGUAGAAUAGAAAUUAUAAAGUCAAUAAAGGAGGAUAGACCGGAGAAUAAUGAUGAAGUAGACGUGAACAGUAACGACGUAGACAAAUUGUACGUUAUCAUAAUGCACUACGUAGAAAGCAUGAGGAGGAAGGAACACAUCCUAUACAUUUUGUACCUACUUAUCGAUAAGGCCAUUUUCAGAAAUAAAUAUAUCCACAAAAAUUUGAAGAAAUUAAUUCAUUUUAAGGUUUACAUUUUUCUGCAUGACAUGAGAGAAUUUCACGACUACAGCGUUAUUUUCUCCACCUUUUUUUUACAAAUGAAUAUAAUGAGCUAUAAUAAGAUAAUCAGGAAUUACAUCUAUUUUUUAUUUGAUCAGAUCUUCAAGUUGAAGUUUAAUGUUCUAUUCGAUGGAAACUUUCUCAUUUGUUUUUUGAAAAACCUAGAAAAAAGCAGUCUAGACUAUGCCUUCUCCAAGAUGAUCUAUGAGGAGAAAAAAAAAUUUAAAAAUUUUAUUGACAAAAAAAAGAGCACCAUGAUAAAGAUUAUUUACAAAGUCAAUUUGUAUAUUACUAUAAAUUACCUCCUCUUUUUGAAGAUGCUAAAUUGCUGCAAGUUUUUUUUAAACCUGUACUCUUUUUUCUAUUAUGAAUUUUACAUUUUCUGUGUGAACAAGUAUGUGAAGAGGUACCGGGGUAGGGAGGAAGACGACGAGGAGGACGAUGACGGGGGUUGUUACUACGAGGGAGUGUCCGAGUUUCGCAGGGCCAAAAAGUUGUCUUCCUCGUGCGCCCAAGGGGUAGGUGCUCCUUCUAGCGGUUUCUUGACCGCUGAGGCGACCGUGUUACUGAAGGAGGGAGACCACCCACACGAGAGUAGCACCGGCUGGUUGAUCGACAGAAGGAAUUCCCCGAAGAGACGCCGCAGCCGAAGGGCGGCAUUGAAGGGUUCGCACCGGAUAAUCGGCCGAAGGAGGAGGAAAAUGAACUCCAACUUCUUUCAGACGAAUAAGGAGUUUAGUGAGUUUUUUGAGAACACCAGUGGUGAGUCGCGCCAAUCUCUUCAACCAGAGAAGGUGCAUCUAUCGGAGCGACCACAUCUACCGGAACAACGUAGACAGGCCCGCCCUGUCAUGCGAAACGAGACGUUAAACGAUUCGAACUAUUUCAAAGUUUUAAAAAAAAUCAGAGGAGGAAACACAUUCAUUUGUAACCUCUACGAUAUUAAGAUAAGCAAGAAAGUACUCUACCAUAGGAAGUACAUAAAGGACUACAUGAACACCAUAAACUUUGUCAUCACCAUUUUCCUAGCGACCAACAUAAAUAACCUGAACAUGGAUACACUGAAUAAUAACUACAUGUAUAUAAUUUCAAAAAUUAUUAAGAAAAAUUUCAAAUUUUAUUUUUUUUAUUUUUACUAUAACAUAUUCAGGAAGAAGGGCAAGCGGUUUAAAAGCAUCUACAGCGUUAAUGUGGACACCAUUGUGAAUAACUCCUUUGGGGGCAGCCCCACCAUGGGGGGGAACGACUACGUUGCAAGGAGUAACACUGACGAACGAAAUGGCAACGUGUGCAAGCUCAACGUUAAGAACAAAUAUAUAUACGUACUGUAUACACUGUCCACUAUUCUAUCGGUGUAUAACUACAAGUACGCCUUUUUCAAUUACUACUUUUUUGUCUUCUACAAGUUUGUAAAGAUGCUAGCCAUGAUGACUGCAAAGUCCAUAUCGGUGGGGAAUUAUCUGGUGGACCGCUGUGGGGGGGGAGCAACUACAUCAGGGGAGCAUGCCGACUGUGGGGGGAAGGAUGCUCCAAAUGAGGAUGUACCGGACGAUGCGAAGCAGCCAAGAGGACGAUGCGUACUUUCCCGCCUGAGCAAAACGGAGAGGAGAUUCCUCGAAAGCGACAUGCUCAUGAUUGAGCGUUAUAUGAAUGACUACAUAAGAGAGAGCAACAUACAAAUGGGUAGGAACCUCUUCCGAAGCGAUAUGCCACAUAAGUACGUCCUGGACAGGUACACAACCCUCAUUAACAACACACUGUUGCUACUGUUAUUCACGAAUUACUUGUCCCUGACGUAUCAAAACAUAAAUAUCACGGAAAAUAAAAUAGUGCAGAGGAAGGUCAGCCUGCUGGAAAAGUACAAGCACUAUUUAAUGAACAGAAUUAUGCAGAUAUACUUUUUAAACAUCCCCUAUUUGUGUAACUACUUAGUCGUAACGUUGGAGUUUUGUCUCCUCUUUAGUAGGACCCUCCUGACGCUGAAUUAUACCUCCUUCUCCCUGAUGAAGGAAAUGAAGGGCAUUUUCAGAAAUGGCUACAUGUAUCGCCUGGUGAAUUGCUUGAACGGGUUGCAGAAUAUGAAGACCUUCUACCACCUCAGUUUUUACCGCAGCGCCAAUUUAUAUUUCCACAAUUAUAAGAAGGUGGCCGAUGAGAAGUUUGACUGCUUCGGGGGGGGAAGUUUAGUAGGUGUAGGAAGUGGCAAUAGCCCCCCCUAUGGGAAGACCACCUUGGAGCGCCCCACGCAGGACGACAGCGACGGUAGCCUGAGUGACUUCGACGACUACAUAUAUAAGGACGCAUUCAAAGAGGUGAAAGAAGUGAUGAAGAAAAAAACUAAGCAGUACAUGAGGGACUACUUCGAGAAGAGCAUGAAAAAUAUAUUUUACCUGUUGGAUUGCUUCAAGGACAUGUCCAGCAUUUCCCUUUUGCUAAAUUCUUACCUCCAUGAAAAUGCAAAAAUAAGGGACACAUACGAUAGUCUGCAUAUACAAAGCAUGAACAACAUAUACCUGUACAAUUUUAAAGCGCUCAAGAUGAACUACUACUUCCUAUGCACAGUUUUUUUGUCUCUUGUGCAGAUUUUCAAUUACACCUCGAACUUUUUCCACUCCUACAGCUAUUUAGUCGAUAUGUAUGGGAAGUACAAAUAUAGUUACUUCCUCUACGACUACAGUUUGCGUAAUUUUUUUUCCUUUUUUAAUAUUUACAUGUAUGAGAUGAGCAUGUCCAGACAGAGGAAAAGGACGUUUCUAAAUUUGAGGAAUCAGAUAAGCACCGUCUGCAUCGGUGACAUUUUUGACUUUAACAAGCUCCUGCUCCAGAAGGGAUUUCUAUUUUUGUGUUUUUUUUUCCACAAUUUUGAGAACGUCUUACCGGAUAUAUACUGCGUCAAUUGCGAGAAUAAGUAUUCUGUUGGAUGCAAGGAUAGGAAUGCCCUCCCCGUGGAUUUGGCUUCGGUGCGCCACGGCAGGAACGGGAAGCCCGCUGUGAGGGGGGUAUCCCAGGAGGAUACUGUGAGUGGAGUUGCCAAUGCGAAGAGCCUCCCUGGAACGGGGAACACAGGAAAGGCCUCUAACCACCUAAGUGGCAAUGACGGGGAGGACACCCCCGCUGUGAUGAACUUAAACACAGAAGGGAAGUUAACCCAAGGAGGGUAUUUCGAAAUGUUUUACAGUAGAGAAGGGAAUAAGAAGGUGGCCGUUUCGGUGGAGCAUGCAGGUGGCACAAACCAACUUGAUGUUGACUCCGAUAUGCAAAGAUGCAUAAAUAAAACUGAUGAGGAAGAAAUCCAUUUUGGAGUGAAGCCAACGGAUGGACAUUUGCAGCAGAUUGACGCACAAAAGGGGGAUCAUCCCUUGGGGGAGAAGCUUCACAGGGAAGAUAGCCAACUCGCUCGGGAAGUGCCCACCCCCGUACUCAAAAAGGACGCCCAAGCGGGAAAUGAGAAUGAGGAGAACAGGAGGACCACUGGAAAGUACACCGGAGGGAUUAUCUCCUAUUUUAAAAAUAAAAUGACCCGAAUGGGCAACAAGAAGGCAGCACGGGGGAAAGAACAGGUGAAGAAGAAAUUGCCGGAUGGUUACUCAUUUUAUGACGAUUCUGUAGAGGCGGAGGAACCUGCGAAGUGUAGUUCCUGCGGGGCGAACAAGGAGUGGGAUGGGAGAAAUCUGAUGAAAGGUUCCCAAACUGCCGAAAGGGGUGUCAACAUGACAAGGAAGGACGACGCGAUUUAUGACAAAGGUGAGGUGAAUAGCCAAAACGGGCAACACGACGAACACCGCCAUGACGGCAAUGAUGGCAAUGAGGACCAUGUCAGCCAUGACGAGGACCUGUGCACACGAAAACUGCGGGAGAAAGACGUGGAGCUGCUGAACGCCUACAAGUACCUACUGACCUACCAGAAGGGAAACAAAAGGCGGCUGUACGACUACCAGUUGAAGGAAGAGCUGCGUUGCAUGUGCAUAAACAAAUAUAUUCACAUCUGCAAUUUGAUAUACAACUGUUUGAUUUACAUGUACGAGCUGAAGUAUAAAUAUAAGGACAUGAAGAAGAGAAGGUUCUGUCUGUUUGUUUAUCCAACGUUUAGAAGGAAGAACGAAAUGGACAGUAUCCAUAGGGGUAAGGUGAAGAACGAAAUAGUAAUCAACACAAGGCAUCUCCUUAACCUCGACUUUAUCAUAAUGAGCACACUCUACCUUGCCGAGAGCAUCUACAUUAACCUGUACAAAUGUAAGCUAUUCACAGAUAUGUGCAUUUUUAAUAACAUAAAAUAUGUCUGCUUGGAAAAUAGCGAAGCGAAGAAGAAGAAUAGUUACCAGAGUGGGGAUCACAUUGUCCACUCGGGAAAUAAUCGUAAUAGCGUUGCAGCCAUUUCGGAGAGGAAGAACAGAAGGAACACGGAUGGAAGUGCCUACCAAUCGGAUUAUGUCACGCAUGAGGGAAGUGAGAACGGGGGCAGCUCCUUGAGUACGCGUGAUGUUCCUGAGGAGGGAGAAAAUUACGAUGAGAAAGUGAAACGAAACCCAAGCAGCAGCAACAGCGAUAGCGACAGCAGCAGUGAUGGCAGAAAAAAGAAAAAGGCAAAGAAGGAAAAAAAAAAAGCUAAAAGCAAGACGACGAAGAAGAAGAGGAAUAGUGUGAGCAGAAUGACCUUCUUCCUGAGGAGAAGGAAAAAACACAAUACUUCUAAAAGCGCCAAAAAUAAUCUGUCCAUAAACAACUACCUCUUUGCGGACAAAAGUGUGUCUAAGAAAAGCUGCAAAAUUAAGGAGCCCACGAUUAACUACUUUCACAAUUAUAAAAUUCUGUCCGACAAGUAUAAAGCCAAGUUGGCCAGAAUGAAGAAGAAAAAGAGAAAAAAGGAGAAGGAAAAAAAAAAACAAUCUCAAAAGAAGAAUGAGAAGAAGAAGGGAAAGAAAAAAGGACCCCCAAGUCAAGCAAUUAAAUCAACCAGGGGAAGUGCCUUUUACUCCUAUGAUGGGAUUUAUCGAAUUGACGAGGAUCAUGAGGAUGAGGAUAAACCUAGUGGGAAAGCCAAAUGGAAAUUGCGGAAAUUCUUCUUCCGGCGGAAGAGGGGAGAGAGAGACCCCUCCCGUGGGAGCACACACCACGAAAGGGACAACGUAACUACUGCUUAUCGUGCAAGUGAUCCGACCCGAAUUAACAACCUGUUUUUGAAGCACCACACCAGGAGCAUCAAAAACAGUGACGUGAAUGAUCUGCUCAGAAUGGACCAAGGCAACCUGGAGGAGGAAAACAUGGAUCAGGUAAAACACCUCUUCAUAACAUUUAACAAUAAUUACAAGGAGAAAAAAAUCAGCAGUUAUAUCAGCAACAUAUUCAGCUACACUUCGCUGCAUUCCAAUUUUAACGUCUUCUAUAGAAGGCACUUUGAUAUAUUGGGUCACAAAAUGAAAAUGGGAAGAGGGUUGCUGAAGGCACUGUACUCCUACUACUACAGACACAAUUUGUCCACAUUUUACAAGCUCUUCAAAAAGAUAGAAUAUAUAUAUGUGUAUUUAAAUUUACAUUUUUACAACUCUCUUUUUAACAUGGAUGUGAAGGAAGUAAACGAGGACAUUGAAAAGUAUUCCCUUUUCAUGGUGGUUAAAUACAUCAAAAGACACAUGCACAAUAAUCCCAAGCUGUAUUCUGCCUUCAUAGUGAAGGUGCUAAAUUGUGUAAACAACGGAGUUCACAAAAUGGCUAACUAUCUGUGCAUGUACCUUUAUAAGGACCUCAUGAAUGUCCUUCACCAGUACUUGAUCCAAGUGAGCAUAAGCAACAAAUUGACUCUGAACAAAUACAACUUAUUCUUACUGCGAAAGAAUAAGCUUAUAUACGUGCCCAUCUCAAACGUUUUAUUUAUGCACUGUAAUCAGUUAAGCCUUAAUGAUAUAAUGAAAAUUCUGUACUGUCACCCACAGUAUGGUCUCUUCCUAAGAACGGUGGCGGUUAGCAAUUUGCUCUACUGGUACAAAAAGAGCACCAUCACGAAUUGUAUUUAUUUGCAGCUGUUUGAAUAUCUGAAGGUGGACCUCGGAAACCGAAUUUUUUUCUUCAUCGUUUUUUUCUCCCUCCAGUCGUUCCUCUUUCUAUAUCAAUUUUUCUUAAAUUUGCACACGUACAUUGAGGACGAUUACUUGGUUGAUUUGGUUUCCCCGUAUGAGGGGCGGAAACACCAUUUAGUGGAGGAAGAAACUCGCAUUGUGAGUGCGUGGGAUGAUAAACACAUGGACCAACAAUGUGCGCUCUUCAACACAGAAAUGUUUGCCCCUAGGACGAACCUGCUCAGAAACUUACUCAUGCUUCUCUUUCCGAAGAGUAGAAGAAACCUUCCCACGGGGGGAGGCAAAGGUGAUAAACAUGGGGACACCACAAAUAUUAAUAAAAACCAAAAAAGCAUAAACAUCAAUAAUUUUAUUUUUUUUAAGUACCAAAGUUACGUGAAGAAGUCACACGUUCUGUCCAUAAAAUGCUUCCUCAUAAAAAAAUUAUUAGUCCAAAAUUUGAGUGACAAAAAUAGAAAGGCACUGAUCGAAUCGUGUCGUUUUCAUAACUACAUUUUUUACACAAGUCAGCGGGCGGCCCAACUGGACAAGAAUAUUCAACAGGACUUUGUAAAAAUGGAAGUUCAGAAUUUGCUGAACAGUAUGAAUGUGCGGAGGGUAAAGUUGCUCACCAGCCAUAACGCUGUUUGGAGCGUAUCGGAUGAGGUGAAGAUUCUUAUGUCCGCCACGAGGACGCCCAUUCUGUUGACCUUCAGGACGUGCAGGCGGGAGGAACCUAUAAUGGGUGUGCCCAUGAUGGGAACCGCAGUUGGAGGUAUUCCAGUGGAUCAUUUGGGGAACGAACGGACGUACCACCGCAUGUGGUCCCUCCCCAACGUCAGGAUGGCAAUUUCGAAUUACAGCUCGGAUUGUACACCAUCGAAGAAGAACGAUCGAAGUUUAUUCGUCAGCGCGGGGGACGUCCCCCAUGGGGGAAAUACACCAGAGGAAGCUACAAGGAGUGGUUCACAAAAAAGGCCACAUUCUUACUACGUACCAAUUGAUGAACACAAGGAGGGUGUACCCUCCUACGAACAUGCUAGCACCAAUCAUGGAAAGCGAAGCGGAAAUUUGCCAGAAAAAAACAUAGAUGGUAGCAACAGUUUAACCCUCCCUUCUUUACACAGUGCGCCUUUGACAUGCCCAAAAAAGACCCCCAAUUGGGAAGACAUUUCGUACAUUUACAAAGUUAAUGAUGAUGUGAGGCAAGACAAACUGGUCAUACAGAUUAUUCACAUUUUCAUCCACAUCCUAAGUGACUAUAAAUCCUUUUACAAUUUAUUUCCUUACAAUAUUGUGACGAAUAAGUAUAACAACGUGCAUGUGAAGGGCGAAGAUGGGGGGGAAGACGAUGCAAAGACGCAGAGUGGGCGAAAAUUCUCCUUCUCCUUCCGCCUCUUCGGGAAGAAGAAAAAGGGGCCGAACAAGGGGGAAGCCAAAGGGGAAGGCAGUAACAACCCGCCAGGCAACACCGACCGCAGUGAUGGGAAUACCCCUCUGAGGGUAGAGUCACGCUACCCAGUCAAACGCAGUGACGAUGAGAACGGAGAGCAACAACAGAUGAAGCAUAGCAGGAACGUCCCGCAGAAGGAACACCUCGAACGAAGCAUAAUUCCAUACGUACCAGAACAUGUAGGUGGACAUGAAAUAGGAAGAAAGUAUAAAAACAUCAUAAAGUUUUACCACCUGAAAUUUUCUCACAUAAAUACGUAUAUAUACGCUUUGAAGAAUUUUAUCUGCUCCUUGGCUGCCUACUCCCUUCUGUCCUUUGUUUUGCAAGUGAAGGACAGGCACAACGGAAACUUACUCUUCGAUGAUUACGGGAAUAUUAUCCACAUUGACUUUGGUUAUAUCUUGAAUAUCUACCCGGGCAUCUCCAUAAAUUUUGAACUGGCCCCUUUUAAGUUAACGAGAGAAAUGAUCAUGCUCCUCACCAUUAAAAGUCAGAAGAAGCAGUAUUUUAUUUUUACCUACAUUCAGUUGGUUGUCAAAGGGUACCUACUCCUGAGGGAAAAGAGCGACUGGCUGAUUUCGUCCAUUCUGAGUCUGUCCCACUCGGACAUCAACUGCUUUAAGUACAACACGGUGGAGAAGCUGAGGAAACGCCUCAAGCUCGACAAAAGCGACAACGACGCCAGCAUUUUCAUGAUCAACAAAAUCCACCAGGCGUACAACAACAUAACGACCAUUAUGUAUGACUACAUUCAGAACAUCCAACAGGGGAUCCAGUGA